AUGGAUCGGCUUCAUCAAUGGCGCGAGCAAUUCAUCAGCGACCGGGUCUCGGAUGACUUUCUCUACGGCGCAGCCGCGGGCUGCCUGGCCACGAUCCUGCUGGCGCUUGUCACGCGCGUCGUGUCCAUGCUGCGCAGCGACGUCUACGACCUGGCCCACUGGAAGCUGAAUAUCCGCGUGCCCAUGCAGCCCAUGUGGAUGAACUUGGGAUACUGGCGAACAGCGCGCGGUGAGAAAAUCCAGCAGAUGGACCAGGCCUGCGCCGCCCUGCUCCGCGAAGUGCUGCGCGCCGCCGACCUGCUCACCGGCGACGCCGUCGCCGAAAAGGAGCUGCGCGGCCGCCGCAGCAUCGCCAUCCUCGACGUCGGCUUCGGCUGCGGCGACCAGACGGUGGAGCUCGCGCGCGCGCUCGACGCGCCGGCCUGGCAGCGCUUCCGGUACGUCGGCCUCACGCUCAACCCGGCGCAGCUGCAGGUCGCGCAGCAGCGCGUCGAGCGCGAGGUGGCGAGCGCGCGGCGCCGCGGCGUCGCGCUCUGGCCCGAGUCGUUUCGGCUGCUGGGCGCCGACGCUGCGCGGCCCGAGUCGUGGGCGCGGCCCGUCCGCACGCUCGUCGACGGCGUCGCCGACGCGGCGCUCCAGGAACGCUGGCUGCUGGCGCUCGACUGCCUGUACCACUUUGCGCCGUCCAGGACGCCGCUGCUGCUGUACGCGGCGCGCGAGCUCAGGGCGGACCUGAUGGCGUUUGACCUCGUGCUCAACGACAAGGCGUUCCUCUCCGCGCGCGUGGCGGCAAGGGUGGUCGGCCGCCUGGCGGGCUGCCCGCUGGGCGCAUUCCUGACGGAGGAUGCAUAUACGGAGCUGCUGGUGGAUGCAGGCUACGAAAGGGCCACUGUGCAGAUCCGCGACGUGACGUCGGCCGUGUUUGGCGGACUGGUGGCGCACAUGGAGAAGCAACAGCGGUCUCUCAAGCCGUAUGGGGUAUCUCUGGGGAGUAUGGGGGUGGCAAAGAGGAUUUUCGACUGGAUCGAUAGGACCGGCAUCAUCCGUGCCGUCAUUGUGGUAGCUCGAGUGAAGCGUAAAACUGCAUCGUGA